AUGACUAGAUGGUCAGGCCAGACUAGAAGGUUGGAUGCGAGUAUAGUCGGGUCAAAACGACGUGAAGCUGAAGCUAGCACAGCUACAGCAAUCGGCUGCGCUCGAAGCGGCGCGGUAAGGCUAGCGGUUGUGGUCGUCGAGAUGGGACCAUCACGAGCUGCAAUGCUGAGUGGUGCGCCUGAACAUGAUACGAGACAUCGUCUUCCGUCCACAUGGCAUUCUUCCUCCUCAUCGUUGCGGCGCUGCUCAGCUCUGCAGAGGCUUGCGCCCCAGCUCCAACGACAACGGCACCAACACCUACUACUACUCCUGCCGCCUGCCACCGCUGGGAAAAGAAAAAGGGAGGUUGAAAGUGUGGAAGUGACGGUGUUAACCAAAAUGAAUUACGAUCCGGAAAUGAACGACUCACACAUGCAAGAGUUGAGCGCAAUGUUCAGCGAUUAUGCACAAACCAGUGGAAUUACAUUCAAUGAGGAUUUGGUGGAUGAAACUGUGAAGAACGAGGAUGGCAAGUUCGCCGUUGUCUACACUGUGCUCGGCGCCGACUGCGGUGUGGUGGACAAAUUUGCUCGUGGAGCAAAGAGCAACUUCAACUUUAUCACUCGCAUAAAAGUGAAAUGCGGUGGCCAGCCGGAAAUUGUAAUCAACUAA